AGAUUUCGUAAUAGCCAAAAUAUUUUUUAUUUUCAUUUUACACUUUAAUCAGUUAAAUAGUCACAAAUUAAGAAAAUGUAUUACCAUAUAAUAUUAAUAAUUAUGAGUACAUUACUCAUAGUUUAUGCAGAGAUUAAUACUUUGUCAUGAAUAUGUAUUAUUGAAAAGCAAUGUUUCAGAAUCUUGCAAUGUGUAGGGCCAGUCUGAUUGGAGCCACACGUUCGGCACAAUCUAAGAAGAAGUUUGGAAAUGGCUCCACGGAUAAUUUAGUCAUACGUAGUUAUAAUACAUUGCUGCAGUCUCAAUUAUGUCGAACCACAAAUGCUCGAGAUUUAUCGGUUCGAUUAUAUUCAAACCCUGCAAGGAGACCGAGCUUCUUUUCUCAAUUUUUCGAGAAUAUCAAGCAGGAGAUGCAAAAGAAUAAGGAAAUGAAGGAGUCCUUAAAAAAAUUUAGAGAAGAAGCAGAAAAGCUCGAACAAUCUGAAGCAUUACGAUCAGCAAGACAAAAAUUUCAAGCUGUUGAAUCCGAAGCCAGUAAAGGUUCAGAGGCUUUAAAAGAAAAACUAGGUUCUUUGAAAGAAAAGGUACAAGAAGUUCUUGAGGAAGCAAGUAAAACUGAAUUAGGUAAGAAAGCUGGACAAUUAGGUGAAGAAAUAUCAAAGUCUGCUAAAGGAGCAGCAGAAACUAUCACAGAAAAAAGCCAAGCUUUAGGAAAAACGAGCGCGUUCCAAACAAUAUCACAAACAGCAGAAGCUGUAAGAGAAGAAUUGGAUCAUCAAGGAAUGCGUGGAAGAGUUUAUGUUCCACCUAAAAAGUUAAGAAAACGAAAAGAUAUUAUACGUGUUGAAGAUGAUAAAUGUGUUUCACCAAAUAUGGAAGCUAUGGGAGUUGAAUUACAUAAAGACUCAAAAUUUUACCAAUCAUGGCAAAAUUUUAAGGAUAAAAAUCCAUAUGUGAAUAAAGUACUGGAUUGGAAACUGAAAUAUGAAGAAUCAGAUAAUCCUGUAAUUCGUGCUUCCAGACUAUUGACAGAUAAAGUUACAGAUAUAAUGGGUGGACUGUUUCAAAAAACAGAACUUUCAGAAACAUUGACAGAAAUUUGUAAAUUGGACCCCAAUUUUGACAGAGUACAAUUUUUAAGAGAUUGCGAAACAGAUAUUAUACCAAAUAUUCUUGAAGCUAUGAUACAGGGGAAUCUUGAAAUUUUAAAAGAUUGGUGUCAUGAAGCUCCAUACAAUUUAAUAGCUCAACCUUUGAAGCAAGCAGAAAAAUUGAGAUAUCAUUUAGACAGUAAAAUCCUAGAUAUAAAUAACAUAGAUUUAGUAAUGGGUAAGGUAAUGGAGCAAGGUCCAGUUUUAAUGAUUAGCUUUCAGUGCCAACAAAUUAUGUGUGUGAGAGAUGUCAAGAACAAAGUUGUAGAAGGUGAUCCUGAGAAAGUAAUGCGCGUCAACUAUGUUUGGGUACUAUGUCGUGAUCCUACAGAACUUAAUCCAAAAGCUGCAUGGCGUUUACUUGAUCUUAGUGCUACUAGUUCAGAGCAAUUCGUAUAAUGUACAACUUAUGUGUGGAUCUAGUUAAAACUUUAAACAAUUAACGCGAACACGAAUACAAGUGACGAGAGAAUAAGUGAAAAUUGUCACAUGUUUCUUCAUUCGUUUAAAUUGAAUUAUACUAAUUCUAUCUAGGGUUGCUAGAUAGAAUAACAUGCUCAUUAAUGCGUCGACGAUGGAUGUUAUUUUCUAUAAUUUUAUUAGGAAAUUUAGUUAUAUAAAUUUUAUAAAGACCGCAAAUUGGUUUGAUCGGUACAUACAAAUAGGAAACAAAAGUAACUUAAAAUGUACCAUAAAAUGUAUUGAGAAGGAAAAAUAAUUGACUAUUUGUUCAAUGUAUUUAAA